GGGAUCUUCCUCGUCUCCGUCGUUAUCUGGCCGGCCGGUAUGGAAGGGGUUUUAAAGCACAAAAUUAAAAAAAUUAAAAAAAGGGAAUUAAAUGAUUUUUGUGGAGGAGGGGCGCACGGUAAGAAGCUUUAUUGGAAUGGCGCAUGUUAGUAGUCUCGUCUUCUUCCCGUACCGGCUGAGCCAACUAUUCUGCGCAUCUCUUCUUUUACCUUUCUCGCUCUUCUCUAUCGUACUAGGAUUAGGGUUCUUCCUCGAGACGAGCUCUUCUUAUUUCUCGUAACGAAUGUUUUCCAUACCCAUAAUCAGCUUUUAAGGGUUUCACUCUCCGAAUUUUGACGCCGUGGCUCUCUAUUCCUUCUCUCAUGGAUCCUUCAAGAAGGCAACCCAAGGACUCGCGUUACGCAAAUCUCUUUGAUCUCGAGCCUUUGAUGAACUUCCGAAUUCCGAAACCUGAAGAUGAGUUUGAUUACUAUGGGAGUAGUAGCCAGGACGAAACUAGAAGCAACCAAGGUGGGGUAGUGGCAAACUACGACAAUGGCUCUAAACCGGGAAUGAGUUUGAGCAGCAAGAAGAGAAAGCGGUGGACAGAAGCUGAUGAUGAUCCAGAGGAUGAUGAUGAUGACCUUUACAGUCGACAUGUUACUGAGGAACACUACCGAUCAAUGCUUGGGGAGCAUGUACAAAGAUUCAAAAGUAGGUCCAAGGAGUCUCAAGGGAACUCCACACAUCUGAUGGGUGUUCCGGUGCGAAAGAGCAAUGCGGGCAGUUAUAGAGGUAGGAAGCUAGGGAACGAUCACCAUGGGAGAUGCUAUGACAUGGACACCUCGUCAAAUUUUGCAGCUGAUGCGAUCCCACAAAGGCGAGGAAGCUAUCGUGAUUCAGAUAUUACCCCCAAAAUAGCAUAUGAACCUUCGUAUUUGGAUAUUGGUGAUGGUGUUAUCUACAAAAUCCCCCCAAGUUAUGACAAGCUGGUGGCGUCGUUGAACUUACCAAGCUUUUCAGAUAUUCAUGUGGAGGAUUUUUACUUGAAAGGAGCUCUGGAUUUGAGGUCAUUAGCAGAACUGACGGCUAUCGAUAAAAGGUCUGGAGCAAGAAGCCGUAAUGGAAUGGGUGAGCCUCGACCUCAAUAUGAAUCUCUUCAAGCUAGAGUGAAGGCCUUGUCAGCUUCAAACUCCAACCCAAACUUCAGCCUCAAGGUGUCAGAAGCUGCAAUGAAUUCUGCCAUUCCAGAAGGAGCCGCUGGGAGUACCGCACGGACGAUCCUGUCAGAGGGUGGUGUUUUACAGGUCCAUUACGUCAAGGUUCUGGAGAAGGGGGAUACAUAUGAGAUUGUUAAACGAAGUCUACCAAAGAAGCUGAAGGUGAAGAAUGAUCCUGCAGUCAUUGAAAAGGCAGAAAGGGACAAGAUUAGAAAAGCAUGGAUCAACAUUGUCAGAAGAGAUAUACCAAAACACCAUAGAAUAUUCACUACUUUUCAUCGGAAACAAUCAAUUGAUGCCAAGAGGUUUGCAGAUGGUUGCCAAAGAGAGGUGAGAAUUAAGGUGGCUAGAUCAUACAAAAUGCCAAGGAGUGCACCAAUUCGUACCAGGAAGAUAUCCAGAGACAUGCUGCUAUUCUGGAAGCGAUAUGACAAGCAGAUGGCCGAAGAGAGGAAAAAACAGGAAAAGGAAGCUGCUGAGGCACUAAAACGUGAACAGGAGCUUCGAGAGGCAAAAAGGCAGCAACAUAGGCUCAAUUUCCUUAUUAAACAGACUGAACUUUACAGUCACUUCAUGCGAGACAAAGAUUCAAAGCCUUCUGAAUCCUUAGGAGAUGAAAAUCUGGUUGACGUAGAGCUCCGAGAACCUUCAGCAGCAGAACAUUCUGAGGUGGAGGAUCCUGAAGUUGCUAAAAUGAAAGAAGAUGCCCUGAUAGCUGCCCAAGAGGCAGUGUCUAAGCAGAAAAAAAUAACAGAUGCAUUUGACACUGAAUAUAUGAAGCUACGGCAAACUUCUGACAUGGAAGGACCAUCAAAUGAUGUCUCAGUCUGUGGCUCGGGCAAUAUAGACUUGCAUAACCCAUCUACAAUGCCUGUUACAUCAACUGUUCAGACUCCCGAGUUGUUUAAAGGAACUCUAAAAGAAUACCAAAUGAAAGGCCUUCAGUGGCUAGUCAAUUGUUAUGAGCAGGGUUUGAAUGGCAUUCUUGCUGAUGAGAUGGGCUUGGGUAAGACUAUUCAAGCUAUGGCGUUCUUGGCACAUUUGGCUGAGGAAAAAAACAUUUGGGGUCCAUUUCUGGUCGUUGCCCCUGCUUCUGUUCUUAACAAUUGGGCGGAUGAAAUCAGUCGCUUCUGUCCUGACUUGAAAACUCUUCCAUACUGGGGAGGAUUACAAGAGCGGACAAUUUUAAGAAAGAAUAUCAAUCCCAAGCGUAUGUACCGAAGGGAUGCUGGUUUUCAUAUUUUAAUUACCAGCUAUCAGCUAUUAGUAACCGACGAAAAGUAUUUUCGCCGGGUGAAGUGGCAAUAUAUGGUUUUAGAUGAGGCCCAAGCAAUCAAAAGUUCCACCAGUAUAAGAUGGAAGACCCUUCUUGGUUUCAACUGUCGGAACAGAUUGCUUCUGACUGGUACUCCAAUUCAGAAUAACAUGGCAGAGUUAUGGGCACUACUGCACUUCAUCAUGCCAAUGUUGUUUGACAACCAUGAACAAUUUAACGAGUGGUUCUCUAAAGGAAUCGAGAAUCAUGCUGAACAUGGAGGGACUUUAAACGAGCACCAGCUUAACAGACUGCAUGCAAUAUUGAAGCCAUUCAUGCUCCGACGUGUCAAAAAGGAUGUGGUUUCUGAGCUAACUACAAAGACGGAAGUUACAGUACACUGCAAGCUCAGUUCUCGACAACAAGCUUUUUAUCAGGCUAUUAAGAACAAAAUUUCUCUGGCUGAGUUGUUUGAUAGCAACCGUGGGCAUUUUAACGAAAAGAAAUUAUUGAAUUUAAUGAAUAUCGUCAUUCAACUUAGGAAGGCAAGCUCUCUUGUUUGCAACCAUCCAGAGUUGUUCGAAAGAAAUGAAGGGAGCUCGUAUCUCUACUUUGGAGUGAGGUCCAAUUCUCUUUUGCCCCCUCCCUUUGGUGAGCUAGAGGAUGUACACUAUUCUGGUGGUCAAAAUCCGAUAACAUACAAGAUACCUAAACUCCUACAAAAAGAGAUGCUCCAAAGUUCUGAAACAUUUUGUUCUUCUAUCGGGCGGGGCAUAUCAAGAGAAUCCUUUCUGAAGCAUUUUAAUAUAUUCUCACCUGAGUAUAUUCUUAGGUCAAUAUUCCCAUCGGACAGUAGGAUAGAUCAAGCGGUUAGUGGAAGUGGAGCAUUUGGCUUUUCGCGCUUGAUGGAUUUAUCACCAUCAGAAGUUGGAUAUCUGGCUUUGUGUUCCGUCAUGGAAAGGCUAUUAUUCUCUAUGCUGAAUUGGGAGCGGCAAUUUUUGGAUGAACUAUUAGUAGACUCUUUAAUGGAUGAUGAAUUUAGUGGAGAUAACGUCAAAAAAGUUCAAACCAGGGCUGUCACAAGAAUGUUGCUGAUGCCAUCAAAAGUUGAAACGAAUUUGGUGAAAGGUAGACUAGGCGCAGGGCCUACCCGUCACUCAUUAGAAUCUCUAGUGAUCUCUCAUCAGGAUAGGCUUCUUUCAAAUAUCAAACUCCUGCAUUCUGCGUAUACUUUUAUCCCAAAAGCCAGAGCUCCACCGAUUAGCGUUCAUUGCUCGGACAGAAAUUAUGCGUACAGAAUUACAGAAGAACUACAUCAGCCAUGGCUUAAGAGACUAUUCAUUGGUUUUGCGCGAACGUCGGAAGCCAAUGGACCCAGUAAGCCGAACAGCCUUCCACAUCCUCUAAUCCAAGAAAUUGAUUCAGAACUUCCAGUUGUGCAACCUGCUCUUCAACUGACGCACAGAAUAUUUGGUUCUUGCCCGCCAAUGCAAAGUUUCGACCCAGCAAAGUUGCUCACGGACUCUGGGAAGCUGCAGACACUUGAUAUAUUAUUGAAGCGGCUUCGAGCUGGAAAUCACAGGGUGCUUCUGUUUGCACAAAUGACAAAGAUGUUGAAUAUUCUCGAGGAUUACAUGAACUAUAGAAAGUACAAGUACCUCAGGCUUGAUGGAUCCUCCACCAUCAUGGAUCGCCGAGAUAUGGUUAGGGAUUUUCAGCAUAGGAGCGAUAUUUUCGUAUUCUUGCUGAGCACCAGAGCUGGAGGGCUUGGUAUCAACUUGACGGCUGCAGACACUGUCAUUUUCUAUGAAAGUGAUUGGAAUCCCACCUUGGAUUUACAAGCUAUGGACAGAGCUCAUCGUCUUGGUCAGACAAAAGAUGGUGAUGAUGUUUUUGGAACUGCGGAUGUGGUGUCGUUGCUUAUGGAUGAUGCAGAGGCAGCACAACUGGAGCAGAAAUUCAGAGAACUACCAUUACAGGUAAAGGACAGACAGAAGAAAAAACAGUCAACGAAAUGUAUAAGAAUAGAUGCUGAAGGAGAUGCGACGUUGGAAGAGCUGGAAGAGGCUGGACGACAGGAUAAUGGAGAGGAACCUUCCCAAGAACCGGAGAAGACAAAGUCUACUAACAAAAAGAGGAAAGCUGCUUCAACUCCGAAAUCUAGAGUUUCUCAGAAAGCAAAGGAAGAAGCGAAUGGUGAAGGAGAUGCUCCCCUUCAGCCUCAGAGAACAAAAAGGGUAAAGAGACAAACAAAGAGCAUAAACGAGAGUCUUGAACCUGCAGUCUUGUCUGCAACGAAUGGAGAAUUCGAUCCAAAUGGCUCCAAGGCAGCAGACAGAUGCUAACUAAUACGAAGAUGGUUCAAAGCUUCAAUAGAUGUUAACUUCAGGCAGGUUUUAGUAUUAAAGAUGGUUCCUAGUUUUUGAGUCAAGUGUACAGAUUUUCUUAUUCAAGUUUUACUCUUUUAACGUACAUCGGUAUAUAUAUUAUUGUCGAUUUAACGAUAGACGUUAAGCAUAGGUAUUUUUAUCAUCCUCUUAUUCCAUGGAUCAUUUAGUUUUGAGCUAUUAUUAACCAUCCUCUUAUCAUAAA